UAAUGCAGACACAAACUCACAAACCAAGAGCCACAAACACCCCCAUCUAUUCUUCCUCAACAAUGGACACCCUAUUCCUACUUUCUUCAACACUUUUGCCCAUCAUCACCAUCUUCAUUCUGCACCAUCUUUUCUCCCAAAAAACAACCAUUCCCGGAAGCUAUGGUUAUCCACUCCUAAUAGGAGAAAGCAUAGAUUACUUCAAAAAGCUACGCAGUGGCACGAACGAGAAGUUCGUCAUGCAAAGAAGAAAACUCUUCGGGGAUGUUUUCAAAACAUCGAUUCUUGGUGAGAAAAUGGCGUUUUUAUGUGGCCCAGAAGGGAAUAAGUUCUUGUUCGCUAAUGAAAAUAAGCUUGUUGAAGUAUGGUGGCCGAGUUCCGUGGAGAGUAUUAUCAAGAAAUCUCACAAUAAGUCUGUAACCGCGGAAUCCGCCAAGGUUCGACAGCUGUUGCCGCCGUUCUUGAGAGCUCACGCGGUUAAGAAUUAUGUCGCGGGUAUGGAUUCGGAGCUCAGACAACAUUUGCAGGAUUACUGGAUUGGGCGUGAUCAGGUUGAAGUUUGCCCGUUCGUUGCAAAAUACACAUUUGCAUUAGCCGUAAAGUUGCUAUUGGGAGUGCGUGAUCCGACGGAGUUGGAGAAGCUUGCGGUUCCGUUCGUGGAGGCGGCCGGUGGAAUCAUAGCGGUCCCGAUCAACAUUCCAGGAACAAGGUUUAACCGUGGCGUCAAAGCGUCAGAAAGGAUUCGUGAAGUUAUUAACGGCAUAAUCGCGCAAAGGAGGAAAGAUCUUGCCGACGGAACAGCUGAUCCGCCGCAAAAUUUGCUUUCGCACAUGAUUGUUGAGGUUGACAAACGGAAUCAAGACAAGAACAACGCUCCGACCACCGACGGUGACAUGUCCAGUGACUUACUAGGGUUGCUCAUCGGUGGAUAUGACACCAUCAACACCACCGUCGUGUUUAUUAUGAUGAUGCUUGUUGACUACCCCGAUGUCUACCAACGAGUUCUAACAGAGCAAAUGGAGGUAGCAAAGGCGAAACCAACAGGAGAACUGUUAAACUGGGACGACCUGCGCAAGAUGAAGUACUCAUGGAACGUCGCAUGUGAAGUACUGAGAAUGCGUCCACCAACCGUCGGCGCAUUCCGUGUCGCGAAAACCGAUUUCACAUAUGCCGGUUUCAAAAUCCCAAAAGGAUGGAAGCUACAUUACAUUCCACAUUACACUCAGCGAAACCACGAGUACUUCCCACAUCCCGAAAAGUUUGACCCCUCGAGAUUUGACGGAGAUGGACCCGCACCUUACACAUAUGUGCCGUUUGGUGGUGGUCCGCGUAUGUGCCCCGGAAACGAGUAUGCACGAGCUGAAAUACUAGUUUUUAUGCACAACAUAAUCACUAGAUACAAUUGGGAGAGGCUAAUUCCUGAUGAAAAAGUGGUGAUUGACCCACUUCCAAGGCCAGUUUACGGGCUUCCAAUUAAGCUCAUUCCUCAUAAAACAGAACCGUAAGUUUAUAGCUAUAUUUGCACCAUAAUAAAAAAAAAAAAAAUACUUUCAUUGUACUUUUGUUUAUGUAAGGUUAUAAUAAAAGAAAAUACAUUUGGCCUAGAGAACAUAUGUAAGGUUAUAAUAAGGGAAAAUACAUUUGGCCUAGAGAACAUAUGUUUAUGUAUUUGUAUUGGAUUUCAUCUAUUUAGUGGAUUGGUUUUUAAAACCAUAUGGA